AUGGAGAGUUAUUCUGCUUCUAACAAAGCGUUACAAGUUAAAAAUUCGUCAUUUGUGAAGCAAAGGCGAAGUGGAUAUGAGCCAUCUGAUACAGAGACCGAUUGGCAGGAAAGUCCAAGACUAAAUGCAAAGAAUGUUGAUAUAAAUGUAUUAGCCUUUGAUCAAGCGAACAAAUUUUGGAGUAUAAACCGGAGAAGGCCUAGCAAAUCCCCGUAUAAAUCGCGCAGAGAUGAAGGUGAUGUUCAUUUUCCUGGACUUACUCUACAUGUUAUUAGUCCAUUUUCACAUUCAAAUGCACGUAGAAAUGUCAGCCCCUUUUCAAAAUCCGAACAUCGAGGUAGACAUAAUUCGAAAGAGGAACAUCACCUUGACAAGCAAAGCUUUUCGAGUUCAACUAGAAAGCAAAAUAACAUAGUACUAAAUAAUAGUACUAACAAUGAUGUUGCAGUUCGUGGCAAAGCAAACUAUAUAUAUAGUCGCAGGGCUCUAUCCGCUCCUAGACCUGCUCUUUACGACAUGUCCAAGGAGCGGAGAAGAGCAGAAAUAACACGAUCCCCAACGAGGACUUUGUCCAGGAGAGAACGAGAAAGAGAAAUACAGCGCAAACAUGAACCUUCAGUAGGUGAAAUGAAUGUAAUGUUAGCCAAUGCAAAGAUCUCAAGAGGCCCCAAUAUUCCAGUUGGUGUGAAUAAUAUGUUUCAAAGUACUGAAUCUAUUUCACCAAGUGAUAUUUUCUUGUCUAAGGGAUAUUCAGCUUUUACUCAAUCAAGCAAAUUCAAUUCAGUGCCCCGGAUAUCGACUGAUAAAAAUGUUAGUUCUGUGAAUAAAAUGCGCGCGAAUUUCAAGCAGAAUAGCAGGGGAACUAUUUCAUCUAGUACUAUUGUGACACGAACAGCAACAACGAAUCCGAGUUCUGCUAUAAGUAGGCAGAGCAGUAAUCUAAGUGAUGCUACUAGAAGGACGAAUAGAAGUGCGAAAAAAUUCAUAACAAAUAGGAAAAAGAGUACUACUCAAACAGAAGCAUGGUUUUCUUGUAUAAAGAAUGGAUCUUGUAGAAACUCAAGAAAAGAUGGAUCUCCAGAAAGAGCGAGGCCGAUUAAUGAAGCUUUAUUAAUUGAGAAGGCAUUUGUUGUUGAAAGUUUGAGACAAUUUUGGGCUGAUAAACAUCAACCUGAUUCAUUGGAGGGAUUCAUUUGCAACAAGCAACAAGCUUUACUACUUAGUCAUCUUGUAAGUGUUUCUUCAAAUGAACCACUCCCACACAUGUUGUUCAAGGGUCCUCCGGGAUAUGGAAAAAGAGCAUUAUCGAUGGCUCUUUUGCGUGAAAUCUAUGGCGAUGCAAUUUGCAAUGAAACGAAGCCGGUUCAAGUCAUUGUACCAGUAAGCUCAAGUCCUCACCAUAUUGAGCUCAAUGUUCAUUUAGAGCCUAAUGCUAGAUUUGCAUUAAUGGCUUUGGUUAAGCAAAUAAGCUGUGAAUACACACUAACUCCAGAAGUAAGCAGGAUUAAUAUGAAGGCAGAUUCCAAAGUUAUAGUUCUGCACGAUGCGGAUAGAGCUGAGGAGAACAUGCAACACUUAAUAAAAUGGAUAAUGGACUGUAAGCUCAUUCUCUUCUGUGAAACCGAUGCAUCUAUACUCGAGUUAGUGAAAAGUCGCUGCACAGUGAUUGAAGUUGAAGCUCCCGCGACUAAUGAAAUUAUGGAAGUUCUCAUUGAGGUAGCAAGAAAGGAAGACCUUGAACUUUCUAGGGGCUUUGCUGCUAAAAUAGCUACAAAAUCAAAGCAAAACCUGAGAAGAGCAAUUAUGGCUCUUGAAGCUUGCAAAGCACACAACUAUCCUUUUGCUGAGGAUCAACCAAUUUCAGUAGGAUGGGAAGAAUCUGUAGUAGAACUUGCAGCUGAAAUUCUAGCUGAUCCAACUCCAACAAGGUUAUUUUCUAUUCGGGGCAAGUUCCAAAAACUCCUAGUCGAGUUUGUGCACCCAAAACUUAUACUCCUGAAACUUGUUGAACAAUUCCUUAAGAGGGUUGAUGGAGGUUUAAAAAGGGAAAUAUAUUAUUGGCAUGCUUAUUAUGUAAGUUCAACCCCUUAUAUCUUUCAAUUUUUUUUUUGA